GGAUCCUGGGGCUCAUUGGCAUCGUCAUAGCCCACUGGCCCAUGCUCCGGAUUGGCUCUUGCAUCCUUGCCAUUUAUGGAGCUGAUUUGCAAUUUUGCAUAUGCUUGUAAACAAACUCAUCACACAUAUACUCUGGGAAUUAUUUCGGGAAGCAGUUCAACACUGCAGCCAUCCAUCAAGACAGACUCCACCCAGGCUGAUAAAUAUUUGUGUGGAUAUUUAACCGAUACCAUAUUGAAAUAGCAGACAUGGAUGGCCAUUGUUUGGAUGACGGAGCGUCAAACGGCACAACCAAGGCAGCGCUCGCGAACCAUGUGGCUUUGGUCAAUGAAGAUGACAGCCCAGUCAAGGCCAAGGCCGAUUCCAAGACUGAUUCCAAGAUGGAUGAGAACCAGGAGCGGGGCAACUGGUCCAAUCACCUGGACUUCAUGCUGUCCUGCGUCAGCUACGCUGUAGGGCUCGGCAAUGUUUGGCGUUUCCCUUACCUAUGCUUCAGCAACGGAGGAGGUGCCUUCCUCAUCCCCUACUGCAUCAUGCUUACUUUUGCUGGGCUGCCGCUCUUCUUCCUGGAGCUGAGCUUCGGCCAGUAUGGCAGCUGUGGGCCUAUCAGCGUCUGGCGUGCCCUGCCGCUAUUCCGAGGUGUCGGCUAUGGUAUGGUCAUUGUGUCGGCGUUGGUGGCCAUCUACUACAACGUGAUCAUCUGCUACACUAUCUUCUACAUUGUCAAGUCCAUGACCACCACGCUGCCCUGGGUGGGCUGCAACCACCAGUGGAACUCGGAGUUCUGCAGCACCCUGGUCAACGAGUGUCUGGAGCAUGGUGGCAUUGUGACAGUCGAGAACGAGUGCAUCAGCAUCGCCAACAUGACCACAGCCGAGCUGAACCAGUACAACGUGACAGCGGACGGCAACAUCUCCAAUUACAAGGACCCUCUGUACAACAUGCGCGUCCCACCCAGCGAGGAGUACUACAGGCAGGGAGUCUUGCACGAUUCCGGAGACAUCUUUAAGUCUGGCUACGUGAUCUGGGAGCUGGCACUCUGCCUGCUGCUAGCCUGGGUCCUGGUGUUCGUCUGCUUGGCCAAAGGCGUCAAGUCAUCAGGCAAGGUUGUGUAUUUUACGGCCAUCUUUCCUUAUGUGGUUCUCUUGAUCCUGCUGAUCCGUGGAGUGACUUUAGAAGGAUACCAGGAGGGAGUCAAAUUUUUCAUCACACCUCGUUGGGAACUGCUGAAACACCCCAAGGUAUGGAAGGAUGCCGCCGUUCAGAUCUUCUACUCGCUCAGUGCUUCCUGGGGUGGUCUGAUCACAUUGUCGUCCUACAACAAAUUUCACAACAACUGUUUCAGGGAUGCCAUGAUUGUGCCAGUAAUCAAUUGUGCCACCAGCAUCUUUGCCGGCUUUGUCAUCUUCUCUAUCAUGGGCAACAUGGCCUACGAACUCAAGGUUCCCGUCUCGGAAGUCGUACAGGAAGAGUUCGGCCUGGCUUUCAUCGCCUAUCCGGAAGCUGUAGCACGACUACCAAUAUCCCCGCUCUGGUCUUUAUUGUUCUUUUUCAUGCUUCUCACGCUGGGGCUAGGAAGCCAGCUUUGCAUUGUGGAGACUGUGGUCACGUCCAUCGUGGAUGAGUUCCCCCGCUAUCUGCGAUCGAGAAAAUUCUGGGUUCUCGCCAUGUACUCCACGCUGGGUUUCCUUGUGGGCCUGAACUGUGUGACUCAGGCUGGUAAUUAUUGGGUGAUCCUGAUGGACAAAUAUGCCGCCGACUUUGCCCUGCUGAUCUUCGGCCUGUGCGAGUGCAUUGGCCUGGGCUGGUUGUACGGCGUACGGCGAUUCUUCAAUGACAUCCGCUGCAUGAUUUCGGAUCGGCUGGUGGACUUCCCCUUGUUCAAGUGGUGGGGUGUUCAGUGGUGUGCUCUUACGCCUGCCAUUCUCUCGUUUGUCCUUCUGUUCAACUGGAUCGACUGGGAGGUCCCCAAGGCCGGCGAGAAGGACUUCCCCAUGGGGGCCCACAUCAUUGGCUGGGUCAUGAUCAGCUCCAGCAUAUCGGCCAUCCCCACCGUCAUGAUAUACGAGCUGGUGUUUAAAGGAGAGGGCAACAUCAUUGAGCGUUUCCGACGGGCCACCACCUCCAAACCGUCCUGGGGGCCCGCGUUGAAACUACAUCGGUUGGAGGCCAUCAAUGCCCACAAAGCGCACGGAACAGUCAUGGGCGGCGACCUCGAACCGGGAACAGACAAGUACGAUGACAACGAUGUCAAGUAUUCCCCAGCCAAUGCCGACGAGUCCAUCGUGUAAAUCCACCCUCCCCCGGCAUAUUGUUUUGCUUUUUUCUUUUUUUUUUGUUGCUUCGGUUACGAUCAAUUCCUUCACUUGAGGCCCAAAGGGGAGUGGCCAUUGGGAAGUGACCCGCCAAUUCUCUCCAUCUUUGGCAACUAAAAGGGGGUCGUUGCUUUUUGUAGAUAGGUUGAAUUUAAGCAGAAAGCCCCCUGUUUUGAUGUUUAUAGGGUUAGAAUUUCCCGAGUCGUGUGACUCCAGCGGUGCUAUCAUGUGCUUGGUAGCUGUAGGCCCCUGCAUAGCCUCUCUGAAGAAAUACAGUGGUGUUCAAACGUGAUUACAUCAUCUUAGAGAGUUAAACAUUGGAACUCCGAAAGGUGCGAUGGGCCUAUCCCACAUUUAAUAGAGAUUUAGUUAAUUUAGGACCUUUUUGUCUUGUAGGACGGACUCCUUCAAUAUAAGCCUAAAAUAUUAGUCGAGUUUUUUCCCCCUUGAAAUACUGCCAAGAACUAUAUUUUUAUUUAUUCAAAAUUCAUUUUGUUUGAGAAGCAUCUACCAAGAAAAAAAUUGCCAGUGUCCAAAUGACCCAGGCAAAGGUUUUACCAAAAUGCAACUGUUGGGUUCAACCCAUUUAGUUAUCUCUUCCAUCAAAGAAAUGUCGAGAGAAAUUUGCAACACUGAUGAAAGAUAUACUCUGAGGGAGAGCUGGAGAGAGUGUGGUCAUUUCAUUGGUAAUGCAUUUGCAGUUGUUCUCUUUUCGUAGAUUUUGUUGUUUUUUAAGAGAAGGUGUUUUCGAAUCUGAAGUACCGUGAGGGUUCUUGAAAUAUUUUGUAAAUAAGAAAAGACUUGUGCAUGCUUACUGUAACGGAUGAACUUAUGUUUUGGAGAUAUUCUGGAAGAAGACUCCCAAAAUUUAUUCCUUAAAAGAAAAAGAUAAUAAAUGACACAUUUGUAUCACUUGAUGGAAAGUAUAAUCGGAAAAGUAUAUUAAUCUGGGGAAAAAAUCAAAUAUCACCUACAUUUUGCAGUCAUCUUGCUUUUCCUCUAAAAAUUAUGCAAUAUCUUUUUUUGGCGGCAAUAACCGUGGCUUUGUCAUAGACACACAGCAGGAUUUUACAAAACAGUGUCUGCAGAAAGACUUCACAUGUCUUUGGUUCCUAGACAUUAUUCCAAAUGGAACAAAAAUACAUUUUUAAAGUAAGCACUGAUAAAUAUUAGCACAGGCGUUAAAAUGAUAGAUUCACCCUUGGAAACCUUGUCUGUAACAUCAGCGAUGUGAAGUGUCCGUGGAAACGCAUCCCACAUUGACAGCAUUUUUAAAGGGCGUGUGCGUCUCUUACGUGCACCGUAAUUAGAAGUGCAUAGGAAAUGGAAAAACAGGGUACUUAGGCUUUGUCAAUGCCAUUUGUGUUUUUCUUGUGUUUGAUUCUUAACAUAUUUAUUCAGUUGAUGAGCAAAGCUCGCCCGCAAGCUUCCUGAAAAAAAUUGAGGGGGGGGGAAACCAGUGUAGUCAAAACGCUGAUCAGCUUGAUUCAUCUCGUACAAGAAAUUCAGUUUCAGGAGAGAAAUCUUUUAUCUACCUCAGAAAUAUUUUCAAAGUUUUCCAAGGUGGAGUUAUGUAUAUAUAUAUUAAUAUAUAUGUAAUUAUGUGUGUUUGCCUUGAAGAUUUUCUCUGGUUUAAUGGUUGUACAGGAACUGCAGGAAAGGGGAAAAACCCAAGAAUUUGUCUGAAAUUUCCCAUAGUUAAAACCACAGAAACGGCCCGUUCUGUUUUCGCAUAGUUAAAACCACAGAAACGGCCCGUUCUGUUUUCGGUAUCGCCACUUUUUGUCAAACCAGUCUUGGCAAACCUAAUUAAGCAAUUGAGCAGCUUUUUAUUUUUUUCCAUGGUAUGUACCAAGUGGAUUAAAAUUUUUAAAAAAAAGAUCCUUUUUGAAUGUUUGAAAAUGGUUAAUUAAAAACCUGCCUUGAGGUUUUUUUUCCGAGUAGAAAUCUAUUUUAGUUGCAGCCAAUAGCAACUGAGAUUUGCAUCCAAAGAUUAGCCGAUCCAAAGAUCAAAUUCAAAGUGCAGCUGCUUAUCAAAAACCAGUGGAAUUCCGUAGCUGUGUUGUGUUCCAAUUUCGUUUCGUUUCGGUGACAUUUUAGUUCAUUUAUGCUAUCUUACAAUGUAAAGGCUAACUUCAGCUAGACAUAGGCCCUGCCGUUUCAGCAAACGCGUCAUUAAUGGUCUGUUUUUGUGUUGUUGGCCGGAAGAAGCCACCGUAAUUUGUAAUUGGGAGCAUUGAGCAAGAGAUGCUGCAUUGGCUAACUGUUGGAGGCAGUGUGGUCUCUUCAUUUCCAUUUUGCGAUAUGCUGUUUGAAGGAGUUUCGAUAAGCCAUUAUAAUUUAGGAAUUGGCAUAGAGCGAAUAUUAGCAUACUUCCCCCCAGAAGCCCCAUGUAAUUUUUAUACAGAAAAUCUUAAUCGAAAAAAAAUCGAAAGAAUAGUAUUGUUCGUCAAUUUGAUUUCGCAUACCUGUCAGAAGUUACGGUUGAUACAAACGGCAAGUGCCUUGAAAUACGGUCAAGAAAUUUCCCGGGAUGUAGAAGUUUUUGAUGGUCUGUUUUUGAUAUGAUCAGGCCUACAGCAUUGGACAUCCCGCAGUUCUCUGUUUUGAUGGGAUUUGAUUUGUUCCCGUUUUUUGGAGUGUUCGUUUUUUCUCUGGGAAAACAAAUUGUGUUAGAUGAAAAAAAAAACAAUGCAACUGGCUGCUGAACUUUGACAAUGCAAAAUUACAAACGAGGAGUUAUAAAUAGUUGUACAUACUUGAUUGAAAUGGCGAGUUUUCACGAGCUUGCACCGGUGUACAAUAAUAAUGCAAGUUGGUGUAAACAGGUCUGGUCUUAUUGUAGUGUCCACCUGUAUGUACAUAAUGAUCUAGGUUAAUGCUCGUGGAACGUUGUAUGCUUUCUUUUAAAGCUAAGGUUGGUUAUUACAUUUCUUUUACAACCGCAUCCUUCAGUUUUGCAGCCCGACUGUCUAGUUUUCCCCCGUAUUCAGGCGUAAGUGCGGUUGCCUUGUUUAGUGAUAUAGUUCAAUGUUUGCUUCAGGUGUUCGUUGGAUUUACAUCAAUACUUUCGGGAAUAAAAGUAAGUUUGAUAAUUUCGGUCACGCACGACCACGCUAAACAGCCUGUGGAGAUCUGCGUUCAGAAAUACAAUACGGGAAGAUACAUUACAGGUCUGAAGCGUGUUUCCUACCAGCAUGCGUGACGUCUCUGACUUGUCAAACUCCAAGAAAUAUGGUGCUGUAUCCUAAUCUUUGCCUAUUUAUGCGUACAAGAGGCUCUUCAGGGUCGUUCAGCUUGUCAAGAGUUAGACUGCGCUUUGUACAUACCUAAGUGUUUCCACUGUAUUUUAAUUUUCUGUUUUGUUUCAACUUGUUGCCGUAUUUAUGGUCAUUUUGGCUGUUUUCUCCUCGGUUUUAGAUGCUUAUUGUAGUGUAAGCCAGCUGAGACAGUCUGACCAAUGCUACCGAUUUCAAAAACUGCCAAACAAAUGGGUUCACAGCCAUGUAUAAUCAAACCUUGUCAACCUCGUAGUUUCUGUCGUGUACGCGUGGUAUACCUCGUUGGUAAUUACACCACUAGCAAUAUGUAAUAGUUACUUGCCGAAAAGCAUUGAGUACUAGCACAGAGCUCCGCUGCACCAUUUUAAUGGCAGGUUUCCGUUUUUAUUACCUAAGUUAACAGUUUCCUACAAUCUAGGUUUCUUAAAGUAAGAGCCUUUUAAAGAAAAUUGUCACUGUUCAAAUGUAUUGCCAUUCGGUUUUCUAUUUCUAUAUAGUGCCUUUCCAUGGAAGUUUAUUUACUUGAAGUAAUUUGUUCACUUAAAAUGUAUCGUAAGACUUAGCUGUGUUUAUAGUAUAGAAGAUGUUUUAUGUUUUAUUUUUGCUUUUUAGUUUCAUUAAUUUGGCAUGCUUAAAGGACUUGUGUCUCUGUACAGGUAUGUGAUGAAAGAGCCAAACCUUCCGAGUAAAUGCUAUUUAUUAGUUUGGCUCCAUUUUCACGUGGAGACCUUUGCUAUUUGGCGCAGAAUGUCUUCUACCAUUGCAUUUGUCGAGAAGUCUAUUUUGUUUGAAGUUGGAAGGUAGGCAUUAAUUUGGUUGUAAAUAGAUUGUAGGUUGACCGUUAUUAGUGAAAUGGCAAUAUUUUCUUGAAGUUCCCUAUAAAUCAGUCUUUAUCUUUAGAUGGGUUUCUUGCUGUAGCGUCUGAGAUGUGCGGUUAAGACUUUCAUUGGCAGAUUAAGACUUUCAUUGGCAGAUAAUUCCAGCCACCUGGAUUGGGUUUAACUACUGUGUAUGUAUCCUCAAACUGUAACCGUUCAUGAAAAGACUACUGAUGUUAGAGAAAUUUGAUUGCGGGAAGAAGUUCAAACUGGUUUCCCUGAGCUGUAUAUAUUAAAAGCUUAACAUCAAGAAUCGAAUCAAGUUGUAUGCUUCGAGGGACUAAAUCUCAACAAAAUGUUUGUAUAUAAUAUCAAUAUUACUUCCUACAUAUCAAUAAAGGAAAUGAAAUCAUUUCGAUAACUUGAA